AUGAUUAUAAUACAUUUUUGGGACAUUUACAUAGUAUUUUGGGUUUAUUACGAAAAUGGUAUUACAUCAACACAGUUGAUAUUUAGCAUAAUAUUAAUAUUGUCAAUGGGUUUUCACAUUGAAUUUAUGUUUUGUGAUCUACUAAUCGGUACAUUAUUCAUUGCAUUUUGUACGAAAUAUCUUGAAUUACGUUCGAAACAAACACUAAAAUUCAUAAAACGUAAUCAUCGUACAAAACGAAUCACAAUGAUGAAAUGGAAUCAUAUCCACCAAGAUUACGUUGAUAUUUAUCAACAAACAAAACUAAAAAAUAAGACAAUAAGUUUCAUAUUAUAUAAUUUGGAAUUGAUAUCGAAAAUCGCAUCAAUAUCUGCUUGCGUAUUCUAUAGUCGUCAAAUCAAUAUGGGAGUUUAUAAUUCAAUAAUUAUCGGCGCAAUGUUAUCGGUAUUUGUUUACAUAACUGGUAUAUAUUCACAAUUAACAUAUUUGCCUGAAUAUAAUCACCAAUGCUGUCAAUUAUUACUAAAAUGGAUGGCCAAACAAUCAAUCAAAAGUAAAACAAAAAUAUCAAAACAAUUGAUAUAUGCAUCGAUUAAAUCGAAUUUAUUUCUACAAACAAUGAGUAGAAAUAAAUUUGGAUUUCAUUGUGGUCAUUUAUUUUUCAUAACCAAAUUUAAAGUUGUUGAACUAAUCAUGAUGAAUAUUCCAUUAAUUUUAUUGUUUUACAAGAAAAUU